CUAGCAGAUUCUCACAUGAUUGUGUUGUCAUGUCGAUUGCAGAUACAAGGACAGGAGCACGUAGAUGGCAUAGUUGACCAGGAAUCGCAUAAGCCAUUUCAGGUGUACAAGCAGGACUAUGUGGAGCAUCCAGCAGAACAGAUGACGGAGGAGGAGAGGAAGAAAUACGAGGAAGAGAUACAGCAGCAGAAAGAUCUGAUGGAUUCAAGUCUGAAGGCAGAGGAAGAUCAGUCUCCAGGAUCUGAUGAAGGCGGGUCCGGGAGAGCUCACGUCGUUUCCUCACAAGUCAUAAUCUGCGUGAACGAUGGGGCUGGAGCGCCGGACACCCCUGCUCCCACGCUGAGUCGCGAUCGGCCGAUGUCCGAGCGUACGCCACAGCACGCGGGAAAAUCCGCCGUCGUUGACGAUGACGACGACAUCGGCGUACGUCGCACGCAGUCCGCGCGAACCACCAAGAAGAAGUCGUCGAGAGAGCCAGUGGACGAAGGAGACGAUGUGAAGGAUAAGUCAGCGACUAUGAGGUCGACCGACAGUGGAGAGGUGUCCGGCAGGAGCAGUAGAGAGGGGUCACCGACCAAGCUGGGAGAGAAGGAGAAGAAGAAGAAGAAGAAGAAGGGAUUCCGCACACCAUCCUUCCUCAAGGGCAAAAAGAAGGACAAACACAAGGACGAAUAGAGUAGCCUACGAUAGCGGUACGGUGGUUUUCAUGCGAAUCAACGUUGGGAGCAUCUCACACGAUCCGUUGUCAACAUUCGCAGAUAAAUGUCAAGGAAGUGGUGCCGAUUCGACACUCUAAUCCACCAGCUCGGCGGUAAAUCUCGAUAUCGCAAAAUUACUUGCCAAUGACGCACACCAGACAGACUAGUGCUGCCACCUGCCGAAUCGUCUGUAAUUUCGCGGCGCGACGAGGGGAGAGCGUGUUUUUGGCGGAAUGUAAGCGCUCAGCGUGCGUGAGCAGUCGAAGCUUUGAUGGAGGAAUUUGCACACUGCCAUCGGUUCUCUUUCAACUCGUGUAUGUCAUUCCCAGUGUGACGUCAACGCUUAGUAACUAGCUUUCUGUGUCCGUUCGUGAAACAGGGUGGAUGGAUAAUCGGCCGGAAAAUCUGCGGGUAAAGAGAGACAAGGAUGCAUGACGUGAAAGUUGCCGUAGUCAAACAGAUUUUAAAAUGUUUCGCGCUCGCAUUUUGAGUUUAUAUUUUACGAGAGCUGUUUUUAAAUGUAGGAGCGGUGCACGUGUGUAGGCAUGCUCACACGUCUGCUUGUAAUGUAGUGGUCGUCGGUGACUACUAGCAUGCCAUGGGUUAUAUGAUAUAUCAGCCCUCCACUCGUGUGAAAGGCAUUGAUCCUGGAUUCUAAAAUAAUGAUGCACCAGGCUUAGGAAUCUAGUAGCCAACACGGGUGGGCUUUUUUUAUUAGUCUGUGUGACAGAAUGGUUGCCAUCUUUCUCGCUUGUCCGCUUCGUAAGAGCACUUGUUAUUAAUUAAUUAUUUACUUAGCUGUCGGUACUGUAGUUAAUUAGUAGGGCGUGCGGUAACGCUAGUGGUGCCGGUUGUAGGUGUGGAGGCAAGAAUGUAGGCCAGGGUACAGUAACGGGGCAGGAGGAUGAAAUAUGUAAAUCUGUCCCUGUUCUGUCUUUUUUCCGAAAAGCCAGUAAUCAUGUUUGGGUAGCGUCUACGAUGAUCGUAUGCCUCUGUCAUGAUCGUAGUUCGUCUCUCUGUUGGUUUCUCGCGUUGCUUGCAGGCUUGCUACACGGGUGGGUGAGGCUUGCUACACGGGGUGGGUGAGGCUUGCUACACGGGUGGGUGAGGCUUGCUACACGGGUGGGUGAGGCUUGCUACACGGGUGGGUGAAGCACGGUGUUACAUGUGGUUUAUCGAUGCAUAGUCAAACCGGCAAUUGUAUUAGGAGAGAAUAUAAUAUUUAUGCCGUAUAUAUAUAUAUAUAUAUUCAUAUUAUGCAUAAGCAUUUUAUUAUUAUAUUAUAUUCUCCCCGACCGUACUAUUUUGAAAGGAUUUUGCUAUCGCUGUGUCUCUGCUAGGGUUUUCUGGAUAGCAUUUCAGGCAACGAUGAGAAUUAUGGUGCAUGUAUAAUGUAUAUCGAGCGAGCGCUGUUCUGUUCUGAUGUACGCUUUGAUGCUAUACGCAGGGUUGUGUCGGCGCGAUGUCGCCCGUGGUUACACGCGUCUGCGCGGUUUUACUCUCUCGCAGGUUCUUUGCCUCGACUGUCUGGCUCUGAUGUAUUUUUGCAAGACGUCGUGUUUUUAGUACUUCCUUCUAGUUUUGCGGUUUAGCGAGAGCGCGCGCGCCAGAGAGAAAGAGAGAGAGAGAGAUAGAGAGAGGGUGGGAGAGAGAGCGACUGUCUCGCGAGAGUUGUGAAUGAAGGUUUACAAGAGCAACGUUUUUUAAUGACACGCGGGUUGUGAAGAACGGGUGGAGGGUGGGGUGGGGGUAGUAACAGCUUGCAGUUGAAGAUGCGACAUUUUGAGAUCGUUCUUCAGCUUGUCUUAUAUGUAUACCGUCGACUUCUAUUUACGACAUAGUUUUCACAUUUAGAAUAACAAUCACGAUGGAAUCACGUGCAUGCGAGCGUGUUGAUGAUGAUGACGUAUCGGGCCGCAAAUAAGUAAAUCUAUCAAUAUAUAUCUAUAUCGAGUAUUUUUUUCUUCGUCUUCAUUGCUCUCACAUUUGGAGAGUAUAAAACAGAGUGUGUGUGGUGGGGGGGGGGGGUCGCCGAUGUUAGAGAGAUGGUAAAUCUAUGGAGCGGGAAACUAUUCUAACGCAAUUAUUCUAGUAUUCAUCGGAUGGGACUUUUCUAAUAUAUAUAUAUAUAUAUAUAUAUAUAUAUAUAUUAUUAUCGUCUGUCCAUGCUAAUCGUCAUGCUGGCAGAGGCGCCCCCUGGUGUUGUAGUGUGACGUGACUUGGUGUUGCGAUGUUGUGACUACUGUACGGUUAGCAGGAAGGUGAAGGAGAAGGAGACACCAAACGCUGGUUGUCCGCGAGAGAGAGAGAGAGAACCUGUCCAAGACGAAGUGUCGGUAGACGAGCCUUACGUCUGUCUGUAGUCAUGACGAUGUCUUACUUACUUACUAUUAUCACGUAAUACGAAUAACGCAUCUUUAGCUACAUUAAUAGCUUAUAAAUGGCCGUACGGUUGGUUGUGUGUAGCUCGUGAUGGGAUGUGACGCUAAAUGCAUCGUCAACGUGUUACCUGCUUACUGUCUGUCGCUAUGGCAACGCAUGUGACGCCCGGGUUGUGUGUUCGUGAUCACAGCUAUCAACUCCUAUAUAUACGAUUCUUUAACCAGAUGUUAAUAGGUAUAUAUUCAUGAUUUGUUUGAAUGCCUCGUAGUGCGUAGGUGCGUAGUUUUAUGUAUAAAUACAGCGACGGAUGGACCGCAGUAUUGUUGUGCUUUUGUAAUCUAUUUCAGAAAGUAUAUUAUAUACAUAGUCGGUUGCCUUUCUUUGGGAUUUUUUUUAGACAGGUUACUAGUGAUAUUUUUUAAAUCGUUGUUGUUCACGUUUAGAUACAUGUCGCGUUGUUCUCAUGUGUCGUUGUCACUGGCUACAUGAGUCACAUGUCAUCCCGCACGCUCCGUCACCUCCCCCUCCUCCCCCGCGCGGGAGAGGGUGGGUUAUCGGUCGAGCUAACCCCGGCGUUACACCGCCCACCUGCCCGCGUCACUCUGCCGUGACGUCAUCGGGUUGUGAACAAUGGUCGCGCGUCACGUGGUCGUGACUUCCGGUCGAUGCUUCACGGCAUGGUGUUGAUGAUGUAAGGGAAGUGCGUGUCCGAAUUCUAUAAAAAGGUUAAUGUUUUGAAAAUCAUGCGUACACUUUGUGUUGAAAUUUGAACAUCGAUAUUGAAACCGCGUAGUGAAAUAUAGAGGGAGUUAUAUAGCUAAAGCUGAGAUAGCGUCAACUGAGUCUGUCGUGGCUGUGUCGUGUAAGCGCUGGCGAUGCUGGUAAUGCGGUGUGAAGCUCUGUAUCUUCACGACUCAUCGUCAUCUGUUGUUAGGAGCUCUAGCAGCAACAGUUACCAGUACCGCCUUGCACGCGCACGCGUCUGCCCCGCCGCUCAUCGUCAUCCGUUGUUAGGAGCUCUAGCUACGGAGAUGAUCCCCGCUACUCAGCCACUCGGUAUUGUUUGCACUUGAUUAGUCUCCGCCAUGUUUGUUUAUUUUGCCGACGAUGAUUUAACGCGGCCGACGUUUUGUGGUCGCGCCGUUAUUGCGCAUGCGUAGUCGCGUUUAUUAUUGGCGCUGGUUAUUAGCAGCAGAUAGAUAGCUGUAGCUUUACUCGUCAGGUAUACCUGGUGCUGAUGGUGAUGUGUCAGCGAGCAAGCAUGUGUACGACACUAAAUACUUGUGUCAAUGACAUCAAUUAAUUAUAAUCGGAAUAAAAAUUCACUAAAAAUCGAA